AGAGAGAGAGAGAGAGAGGCCCAUUGUAAAGGAGAAGGGAGCCCCCGGGUUUCGAAUUCCGUUGAGAACUUAAAUGAAAACCGCCCUUUCUUCUUGGCGGAAGUAAACGUAUAUAUACUUAUUCAUUUCCCUUCCAGCAUCUGAGAAGUAGCACAACAAAUGCAAUCCUAGAACACCCACAACCACAAGAAAUGGCAACGAUCGAGACCACCAAAAUACAGCGCCUCUUUGAUGCCUGCAACGCUGUCUUCGCAGACCAGGACCCUCCCACUUACAGACAGAUCCAGUGGCUCCGACGCAUAUUGGAUUCAAUAGAAGCCGAAGAUGUUGGUAUCAAUGAGUUUGGUCAUGUGGAAGGAUCACCAGAGUCCCCUGGAAGCAAAAGACUGAUAGAUGGCCAAUCCUUGUCCAACAUCACGUAUAUUCAUAUCUAUGAAUCAGAGUUUUUCUCUAUGGGCGUCUUCUGUUUCCCGGCCGGAGUAAGCCUGCCGUUUCACGACCAUCCGAGCAUGACAGUGCUCAGCAAGUUGCUGUAUGGCUCCAUGUACGUCAAAGCCUACGAUUGGGUUCUUCCCACCGACGUGGCCCAUAUGAAAGAUCGCCACACCCGAACAGUGGGGCUGGCGGGACUGGCGGUGGACGAGGUGUUGGAAGCGCCGUGCGAGCCCAGCGUCUUGUUCCCGAGGAGUGGCGGCAACAUUCACUCCUUCACGGCAUUAGCGCCGAGUGCAAUCCUCGACGUGCUCUCCCCUCCUUACUCAGACGAAUUCGGAAGGCCCUCCACUUACUUCAACGAGCUACCCAUCCGUGCCCUACCAGGGUAUGCGAUUUUAGAAGAGAGGGAGUUGCCUAAAGAUUUGACAGUGGAAGGAGCUCCGUAUCUUGGGCCCAAACUCAUGGAUAUUGAAGAAAGUUGAUGAUCAAAAGGAGCGCUGACUGAGUUUGAUCCUUAUUGUACAUAUGUAUGUAUGCAUAUCUUUAUGUAGACCACCUUCCCGGAGUAGACAUCCAGUGCAUGAAUAUAGCAGAAAAAAGGUUUCCUGUUCA